GGCAGCAAUUUGUGAAUGACCAAGGCGACUCGGUCGAUCAAUCUUGCACGUACUGCUCGCCAUCACCACGAAGUGCGCUCCAUUCUAGCACUGACAUAUUGUGCUGAGCGCUGUCGCCACACGACGAAACGACGGAACGCAACCCUGCCGGUUACGAAACUCUAAAACCCCCUAUAAAAGUCUGGGACCGGCCAAGAGAACAAUGGAGACCAUCAACCAUGCUCAGAGGGAUGGCGUGGCUACAACAUCAACGGUACAACCUGUGCCUGCCAUCUCAACACAGCCCGAAUCAAGCUCACGUCAACAUCUAUCCGAGGAGGAAGCAGCCGUCACUCUCCAGAAACAUUGGAGAGGCUAUCAGACAAGGCAUGCAGCUACGAAAAUGUCAACUAGCGACAGAUGGGAUGAUCUGAAACGAGCUGCAGAGGAUAAGCAAUAUGCGGAAGAUCAAUUGGAUAAUCGGAACGAUGUCAAGUCGCGGUGGCAUCGGGCUGCGCAAGCAGCAGCGAGGAUGGAGCACGGGGAUGGACUGAGAGCCGCGCCUGUGCCUGCGAGUCAUGUUCGGCCACGUGUGGUACUGGAUGAGGAGACUAGGAAAGCACGGAGAGCGACGUUCUGGGGCACCUUAUCCAAGGGCGUGGGGAAAGAACGCGAUGAGAACGAGAUAUUGCCUUAUCAGUCAAAAUCUUUGGAGCAGCAACAUUGGUGAGCCUGAACCUCGCUCGGCACUGACGGGAAGGUUGGAGAUGAUUGAUGGCAAGCAUCGUUAUGGUAUGUCGCAUAUGGUGGCUCUCGCUGAAAGCCACCAAGGCAGCAACAUGAAGUACUACUUUCGAGCAUGGAAGGAGUCGGACACCGAAGACAACUUUUUCCGAUGGCGAGUGAAUACAAUUUACAUGACUGAUGGUACAACAGGCUGGAUCGUGGAGAGGGCAAGAACCUAGACCUCGAAGAAUUGCCAAGAGAGCGGUUGGAGAGGGAGCGUAUCCUGUGAGCUGGAAAUUUGAGCCACGGCCUGAUAUCAUAGGUAUCUGUCGGGCGAGCAGAGGC